AUGCCCUCGCUACCAGCAGAAUUUCGCUGCUUUCAGCAUAUUAAUUUUAUUUUCGCACGCAAUUUACCUUUAAAAAUACCAUUUUAUAUGGGGACACGUGUACCUAAGGAUUGCGUAAAAGGAGAACCUCUUGAUGACCAUGGGGAUGCGCAAAUAGGUUGUCAAGGUACCUCGCCAGAGCUGAUGCGUGAAAUCCAAUGUGUCGGUAAAAAGCCUGCUGCUUCUGUUAAUAACGCAGAAGAUAGCGGAGCAGAGGCGUCGUCCUCGAAAGGUACACCAAGUCGUCUUUUUCAACCGGAUGAUCUGCCUAGUUAUGAUACUCAUAGGUGCGUGUCCUCGUAUUAUGUUUUACGUGAGUUAACAACUGAGGAGAUCGAUAGUACUGGUGUGAUAAGUCAAUUUAAUGGACGUGUGUGCUAUCAGAGUGAGGUGUGUGUCAAUACACAGCACCCCAUAUGGCAGUUGAUUCCCACCAACGUACUACUGAACUAUGCUACACACACUAGGUUUAUCCUUGAGAUUUACUAUUGUUGUCAGGAUGAUGACAUUUCGAUUUACACUCAGACGAGUAAGGAUUGUAUUUGCUAUAGCGACUGUGUCGGUGAAUUCUCUUCUUCUGUUGCAUCAUCUUGUUUGCAUCCGAACUUUGAGAGGGUCAGAUGUGUGUAUCGAGUGCUGUUGGACACCACCCGGUUGCGUUACGUCGCGAAUUCCAUAGCUGAAGCGGACCAGCAUGUGUUAGACGAAUCUAACAAAAACACAUUAGAUUCGACCGUACUUUUGGUGAAAUGCUUUGACGGAGUUUUUAUUCUUUCACCCGAGAUAGAUGCGUCUCCAUCCAUGGCACCCAAGGGUGCCGAGAAGGCUGAGGCUCCGUGGUGUCGUGUAGAUAUUGAUUCCGGUAGCUUACCGAGUACCUCAUCACCCAAUAGGACAUUUGCUACCCAUAGUGAUUUUUAUUCGUGUGGACGGAUACCAUCUAGUAUACCACGUGGUGGUAUGUCCGUUGGCGAUCUAAAGUCUUUAUCAAUAGCUACUCUUGCAUGGCGAAACAUGCACCGGAUAGUUUUAGAAAGGCGACAGGAGUUGUUGGACGGUAUCGACUCUGCAGAGGUAUCGCGCCGGGCGCAGGCUGCUCAUUAUGCUAUGGAUGCCACUCUGAAGGCAUACCGUUCGCAUUUCAGUGAACAACUCACCAUGGCUAUGCUUGGAGUUGAACAGCUUCGGAGCCAAGUAGAGGAAAGACAACGUGUUCUUGAUCGUCACGAGCGUGCAUUUUCUCUUCUGAAAGAAAGGGAUGCAUGUCUGGAGGAAGUACAAUUUCAGCAAAUCACAUCCGAUAAGCGUGAGGAACUUCAGCGCACGGAGCUCCGCUUUAAAUUAGCGCAAUCCCGGCGGCGUUAUGCCUUAGAGUUGGCAUCACUAUAUCCUGUUAAGUUAGGCGUGCAGUGUGCAAAUUCCUCAGAAAAUACCAAGCGAUCAAGUGACACAAUUAAUGGCGUCUCUUUACCAUUAUUUACGCAACAAAAUACCGAUAGCUUGAGUAGUUCUAGCAAUCUAUUUUCCCAGCCUUCAGCUCAGGAGAUGUAUAAUGAUUCUAUUGCUUUGGGUUACGCAGCACAUGUUAUACAAACACUCGCAGUGAUUUAUGGUAGCGUGUUACCCUUUCCACUUCUUGUGGCGGGGUCACGGAGCCGCGUUUUGCUCCGACCUAAUCUUUCACCCGAGCUAGCGGCCGCCAGCUGCACAGGCUCUGGUGAUGCCAAGCUACCUUUGUUCUGCCAAAGUGCUGUGAGCCGACCCCUGAUGCAGGCGGCUGUGACGCUACUGGCAUAUGAUAUCCUUACACUUGCACAAGCAAUGGGGAAGGAUGUGGCGAAGGUUUGCAGCUUUGGACUGCGGCUGGGGGCGGCGCUGCAGUACAUUCUUUCCGAUAAAUCGAAUUAA